UUGGUCCAAAGGUGUUAAGGAUGGUGCGCCAUAUUUUAUUACUCGCGUUUUUGGUGGGCACGACCCUAGCUGUCCCAACACCCGACAGAAGGAUUGUCGGUGGAAUUCCGGUGGAACAUGGCGAGGCUCCGUGGGUGGUUUCAAUGCGUUCAUCGUUGAACAUCCACUUCUGCGGUGGAAUUCUGCUUAAUUCUCGCUUCGUUCUGACGGCCUCAACCUGUAUGAGUGGCCGUUUGGCUAGCACAACGAUGGCUGUUCUGGGAUCACGUUUCCUGAAUACGGCUGCCGCCGCUUACUACGGAGUUCAAACCAUCCAUCAUCCGUCCUUCAACGCCAAUACGCUACAGCAUAACGUGGCUUUGUUCCAGACCAUCCAGAACGUCAUCUUCACCAACAUCGUUCAACCAAUCCACUUCUCCACGGACGCUGUCCAGCCUGGUUCCCGUGCUAGAAUGUUCGGAUGGGGUCACACUGAAUUCGGAGGCAGCAACUCCAACGCCUUGCAGUUCGUAGUGUUGAACGUGAUCGACAAUGAUGUCUGCCGUGCUAACCUGGGAGGAGAUGCGAUCCGAGUUGGAGACAGCUCGUUGUGUACUAUGAAUCGUGAGGGUCAGGGAAUUUGCACGAACGAUCUUGGAGGACCACUGGUAUUUGAAGACCAGCUGAUCGGUAUUGCCGCUUGGAAGGUUCCAUGUGCCACCGGACGUCCGGAAGUUUUCGUCCGAGCACAGUCCAUCAAGGAUUGGGUUCACAGCAUUAUUCUAACGAUGCUACGAUAUCUAGUCAUUUUCAGUUUGUGCUGUGCGACCUUCGCAGAUGAAGACCAAUCAAUUCGCAUCGUCGGUGGUCGGGAGGCUUCUCCCGAACAGUUUCCAUUCAUGGCUUCUCUUAGAACUCUCAAGAACGUUCACCGAUGUGGAGCGGCCAUCAUCAGCGAUCGUUGGCUUCUGACGGCAGCUCAUUGCACUCUCGGAAUUCCUCAUCAUCAGCUACGGGCAGUCGUUGGAACCAUUGAUCUUACCAGGGGAGGUGUUUCCUACAACUUCAAACAGUUUAUCGAACAUCCGGAUUACAAUGAAGGAUUGCUAGAAAAUGACAUUUCGAUAUUGGAAACUGCAUAUCCAAUUAUGAUGAGCAGCUUAGUAAGACCAGUAAAAAUGGCAACGACUUUGACAGCUCCAGACCAGUCUGCCAUCACCUGUGGUUGGGGACAAACGGCUUCGAACUCGAAAGUCUCCAACAAGCUGCAAUUUGUUGAAGCUUUCACAAUUAGCAACGAAGAAUGUUGGCUGAGGCAUAGCUCGCAGAUUCGGCACCGGAUUCAUAGCAGCAAUGUGUGUGCUUACGUUCAGAAGGGUCAGGGAACUUGUAUGGGUGAUUCUGGUGGACCGAUGAUUGUGAAUGGUGUGCUGACCGGACUAGUUUCUUGGGGUGUUCCUUGUGCCAUGGGAGUACCGGAUGUUUACACCCAGGUCGCAAGCCAUCGCUCAUGGGUUCUGAGAACAACCGGGAUUCAAGUAUAA